AUGAAGCUUCUUACUUCAAUCCUCGCAUUUUUCGUCGCUUCAGCUUGCGCCUUAGCUGUCUCAGAGACCGGAGCUGUUGAAGCAAAAACUCGAGCUCGACGAGACAUUGACGACUACGACGACGACGAUUAUGAUGCUGACGACGACGAGGACUACGAUGACAUCUUCGACAUGGAUUUGAUCGAAGACGAUGAAGAUGACUACGACGAUUAUGAAGACUACGACGAUAUCGACGACAUCGACGACUAUGAUGACGAAGAAGACGAUGAUGAUGAUGACUACGAUGACGAUUACGAAGAAAUGCUCGACGAGUUCUUCGACAUCGACGACAAACCCAACCUCGACGACGUUGAAUUCGUCUUCGGAAAAGCCAUCGAGAACGAGGACUAA